AUGAGGUCUGCCGUCCUCGCUUGCCUGUCCCACCCCUGUCUCUUGUUUCUGAUCUCCUCUGCUCUCCUCUGUUCGGUUACCCGAAGGACGGCAGACUUCCUCGAGAGCGUUUUCCCCGUCACCUUCGCCGCCGCCGUCACGCCGCCGUUUGCCUCGCCUCAGGCUUCGCUAUGGGUCUCCGUCGGGCCGACUGCCGCCUCUGACAAGGCUUCUCGAGGGACGAUGGGCUUGGAGGACCUCAGAGUUGGCGCGAAUGUCCUCCACAAGUGGACUAAAGGCUUCGACACGCGUCUCCAUCUCUCUGCGGACACCGCCGCGCUGACCGACGGCGCUUCCAAGUCCCUCGAGCUGUGCGGCGGCAAGCGGGCGGGCUCGCUGCUCGCGCGCCUCUGCGAGGCCUUGGAAGUCACUGGCGAGGCGGCGGCCGACGGCGGCAGCAAGCGCCUGCGGACAGUCGUCCGGUUCGAUCUGCCGACGGGGCGCAGCCACAUCCUCUGCGCAGCGACUCAGGGUAACCACGAGCUGCAGGCGCAGUUCUGCCCGCCGCACGAAGGCGCGCCUGCGGAGACCUCUGUUUCGUCGUCGCAUUUCUUCCAGAAGGGCGCCAAGUUCGUGCGAAUUCAACCUGCGCACGACUUCUCGACCCAGACUUCGCAGCUCCGCGUGCAAAGCGGCCGGCUGCCGCAAGCGAAGGACGAUCAGUGGAUGGAAGUGAACCUCCACGUCGCGCGCCAGCACCUGACAAACGCCUGGGAUACGGUCGUAGGCAUCCGCCAACACUUCGACGGCGGCCGCGUUGUCUUCGCACCUUACCUGAGACUGAAGGACAGGUCGCUGCGGUACGAAUACUCGCAGAGUCUGAGCAACGGCGGCGUCUUGAGGGCGGACAUCGCGCCGGCGCAGGCGCUGCGGAUUCAGUGGAGCGACCCGAGCGCCUCAGGCGGCACCUGGGUUGCGCAGGCCGAGUUGCCUCUGCGGAAGGGCGCCAGCGUCCGCGACGGAACGAUCGCCUUUCGAAGGGAGUGGGCUCUCUGA